AUGGAAAAUAAAGUUUCUUAUCUUGAAGAAACGGUUGCAAACACGGAUAAAAAAUUGGAAAAUCUUUCAUGGAAAGUUGAAAAAUGGGAAAGAGCAGUAUCGGAAGCAAGUUUAGUUGAUGAAUCAACACAAUUUGAAGAAUCAGAACAAGAAAAUUACGUUCUUAAUUUAUUACAAGACGUUACGCAGGUAAAAGACGAUUACGAACAAUUACGAAGUGACAUAACGGAAAUUCAACAACUUCAAAAAGAAUUGACUGAUUGUUUAAGAGUUCAAUUACAAAAUAUGCAUACAAAAUAUGGAUUCCUUCGAAGUAAAUUAGGUCCGGCUUUACCAAGUUGCUUGAUGAUGAGCACAAAUUCUUAUCAAUCGAGUCCUACCAAGCAACCUGGUACAAGCCAUCGUUCAAAUAGCAAAUAA